AUGCCUUCAAAACGUUUCCAGAUUUUGAACAAGUAUUUUCAUAUUUCGGACCCGCGGCAAGAAAACCCAACCGAUAAACUUACAAAAAUUCGGCCCCUUAUUUCAAAGCUCGAAAAUGCUUUUCAAGAUGUUUAUGUGCCUGGAAAAAAUAUUUCGAUUGAUGAGGGUUUGAUUAAAUUUAAUGGUCGUUUAUCUUUCAAGCAAUAUAUGCCUAAAAACCCGAAUAAAUUUGGUAUCAAAAUUUGGAUGUUAGCCGAUUCUGAAACUUACUUCGUGCCGCGCUUUCAAGUUUACUUAGGUAAACAACAAAAUGCCGAAAAUGCCGAUGAAAAUGAUGCGGAAGAGGCGCGAGGUCUCGGUUUUAAAGUUGUUGAUUUCCUGGGAAAACCCUACUAUAAUACUUACCGUCACUUCUAUUUCGAUAACUAUUUUUCCUCGGUUCCUUUACUCGAACAUUUGCUUGAAAAUAAAACUUACGCAUGCUCGACCUUGCGCCACAACAGGAAAUAUUUUCCUGCUGAUUUGAAAAAAAUAAAACUUAAGCGUGGAGAAAUGCGAACUCGACAAAAUGAAAAUUUAGUUUGUUUGACAUGGCAAGAUAAACGUUUAGUCACGAUUUUAUCGACCAAUGUCGAUCCACAGCCCGAAGUUUUCGGUCCUUUAGAUGAACGCACUGGAAAAAGGAAAGCCGUUCCCGAGGAAGUGCGAGAAAAACCCGCCGUCAUAUCAUUGUAUAAUAAGUAUAUGAACGGUGUGGACGUAAACGACCAGUAUAGGAGCUACUACCCUGUAGGAGCUCAAUCUAAAAAGUGGUGGAAAUAUUUGGCUUGGUUUUUUGUGAAUAUUUCAAUUGUAAACGGUUUCAUAUUACAAAACUUGCAGACUGAUCGACGCCGUCGCCUAAAACAUUUAGAUUUCCGUCUUGCUUUGGCAAGGCAACUUAUUUCGACCUAUAACGGCUACAAAAAGAUUUCUAGUGCUCCGAGUGGCCGUAAAAAAGAUGUUCCAGUGGGUAGAAAUGUUAAGGGCCAUAGUUUAGUGAAGUCUUCAGAGCGAAAACGAGCGUGUGGGAUGUGUUCGAAAGCGGGAAGGAAGCGUGCGUCGGGAAGAACGUUUGAAAGUAUAUAUAAGUGUGCUCAGUGUAAUGUAAAUCUUUGUAGAGAGCGAGCUUGUUUUAUGGAAUGGCAUCAAUAA